AUGGCGACGACGUCCAAAAAGUACAAGGGACUGGUGCGCAGCAGAAACUACGUGGUGCAAUGCGUAGAGCGACUGGACCAAUACCUGCAAACUACGAAAGAAUUCGAUGAGCAAGCAGUCAGGGUUCGCAUGGAAAAAUUGGAGCAGAAAUAUACGGAAUUCGAGGAGAUUCAAAACGACAUCGAAGGCCUUGACGACAGUGAGGAGAACAUAGCCGACCACCAGCAACUUCGGGCCGAGUUCGAGGAAAAGUAUUACGAGGUAAGGGCAGGGUUGGCGCGAAAAUUACCACAAGAGCAUGCGACACCAAAUACUACUAUUACACAUCCAAAUCAAGCUCCACAUGUUCAAUCUUCCGUACGACUUCCUCAAAUAAAUCUGCCAGAGUUUGACGGCAAUUUUCAAAAUUGGUUACCUUUUCACGACACGUUUAAAGCCUUGAUUGAAUUAUCUAAGGAACUCAGCGACAUUCAAAAAUUCCACUAUUUGCGUGCUUCUCUGAAAGGCGAUGCUCUUAAGUUGAUAGAUUCUUAUGCGAUGAGUGAGGCUAAUUAUAGGGUUGCUUGGGAAAGUUUAGUCGACAGGUUUUCGAACAAAUAUCUCCUCAAAAAGCGACACUUGAAUGCCUUAUUCGGUUACACUCGGAUGAGGCGGGAAUCAGCGGCUGGUUUACACGAUCUUAUCGACUGUUUUGAACGUAACACGAAAAUUUUGGACCAAUUGGGAGAGAAAACGAUCGGUUGGGGAGCCAUGCUGGUCCAUUUGAUGGUGUCGAAACUGGACGACGUCAUGCAGAAACUAUGGGAGGAAAAUGUUACACCGGACAAAGAGCCAUCUUUUGCGUCGUUGGUCGAAUUUCUCAAAAAGCAAACUAGAGUUUUGGAUGCGGUUUCGGUCGAUCAACAUAUGUUUUCAACGGCAACAUCGUUCAGUGGUAGCAAAUUCCGUCCCACUAAAGUUUCGGUCAACUCGGCGACCGAAAAUACUCCCUCAAACUGUUUCGCUUGCAGUGAGAAACAUUGGAUUACCAAGUGUGAAACGUUCGCCAGCCUACCGGUGGACAAACGGCUGCAGCUCACAAAUUCUAAGCGUCUCUGCAGCAACUGUCUGGGGCGAAAUCACUUGGCGCGAGAUUGUCCUUCCAAAUAUCGAUGCAAAACGUGCUCGAAAAAGCAUCAUUCGUUGCUGCAUCCUGGUUUUCCCGGUUCUGGUUCUACUUCUAAUCCUAAUUCAACUUCAGUAGCGAGCAACGUGAAUUCCUCUGUCCCACCUACAACCGGUGGUGCUCUGAACUCUGGUGAAUCGGUUUCUAGUUCGGUGGCAUCAAUCUCUUCUAAUGUGGUGAUGGGGCAACCUAGGUCGCACACGUUUUUGCUAACGGUAUUGCUUAAGGUGAAGGACGUAUGGGGAAGGACCCACCAAGCAAGGGCUCUUCUGGAUUCUGGAUCACAGGUCAACUUGAUGUCUGAAAAUCUGUGUAAAUUACUUCAGUUAUCACGGCGGGACAAGAAGGUGGAAAUUACUGGAAUUGGACGAUCUCGGAGCCGUACAGCAUAUGAAGUUUCCACCACGGUUGAGUCUCGAGUGCAGAAUUUCUCAACGUCAAUGGAUUUCUUGGUUUUGGGGCAGGUCACCAGCGACCAGCCAUCUGUUUCGAUACCGCUAGCUCAUUUAAAACUUCCCCCUGACAUGGUCUUGGCCGAUCCCAGUUUCAAUGUUUCUGGACCGAUUGAUUUAAUAUUGGGUGCGCAGCAAUUUUACGAGUUUCAUGUACGCGAUGGUGGCCGGCUGCAAGUGCGAAAUUUCGACAAUACGCUACCAGUAUUCGUCAAUACGGUGUUCGGAUGGGUGGUGGCCGGCGAAGCUAAAUGCAUGAAGGAAUCAACACUGGUUAGCUGUCACAUCACGAAGCUAGACUCUCUUGAAAAGGCGAUCGAAAAGUUUUGGAUAGUCGAAGAACUACCGGUUAAAACCCCCCGCUCUCAGGAAGAAGAGGACUGCGAAACACAUUUCGUGAACACGUUCACACGAGACGAAACUGGCAGAUAUAUUGUGCGCUACCCUAAGCAGAUGAAUUUUGCAAAAAUGAUCGGUGAAUCGAAACGAAUGGCUUUAAGACGGUUUUUACAAACUGAAACACGGCUGGCAAAGGAUUCAAAUCUACGCUCGCAGUACGGGGACUUUAUGAAGGAGUACAUCGAGUUAGGUCAUAUGAAAUGCAUCGGCGGCGUGGACGACCUUAGUCUCGACGAAGGUAAAACGGUCUGCUAUCUUCCACAUCACCCAGUUUUUAAAGAGUCGAGUACUACAACUAAAGUACGGGUGGUAUACAAUGGGUCUGCUAAAACGUCAACUAAUUUCUCUCUUAAUGACGCUCUACUAACUGGUCCCACGAUUCAAGACGACCUGCUCAGUUUGAUGCUCCGCUUCCGAAAACAUGCUAUAGUUUUGGUUGCUGAUGUUGCGAAAAUGUAUAGGCAGAUUCAGGUUCACUCAGACGACACUUCGCUUCAACGCAUUCUCUGGCGCUUCAAUCCUUCGGAUCCAAUUCAGGUGUACGAGCUGCAAACUGUCACCUACGGUUUGGCCCCAUCGUCGUUUCUCGCCACUCGUGUCUUGAAGCAAUUGGCUAUAGAUGGCAGCCAAAAGUACAAACUUGGAGCAAAGGCCGUAGAUGAAGACUUCUAUAUGGACGAUUUUCUCUCGGGGGCGGACACGAUCAAAGAAGCGAUUCAGCUUCAAAAGGAAGUUCAAGCCCUAUUGGCGGAAGGAGGUCUCGAUCUACGGAAAUGGUGUUCGAACUGCCCACAAGUGCUAGAAAAUUUGCCCACUGAAGCACUGGGAGGAGAAACCACCCUGCACUUUGAUCCCGAACAGAAAAUUAAAACGCUUGGAGUAGGGUGGACAACAGAAUCUGAUCAGCUUUGCAUCGAAGUACAGCAAAUUACUAACGACGGUUGUUGGACGAAACGGAACAUAUUCUCGGCGAUUGCGAAACUAUACGACCCGCUUGGAUUGGUGUCUCCUGUCGUGGCAUGGGCGAAAAUCAAAAUGCAGCAUCUCUGGCUAUCCACUGUCGACUGGGACGAUCCCGUUCCGAUGGAUAUUGCGACCAAAUGGGAAGAAUUCUCAACGCAAAUGUCUUAUUUGGAAGGCUACAAGAUUCCUCGGUUCGUUUUUCUGGUCGGUGCAAUCUCUACCCAGUUUCACGUUUUUGCGGAUGCGUCCGAAGUUGGGUAUGGUGCCUGCAUUUACGCUCGUUCGACUGGCAAGGAUGGGCAAAUAAAAAUUGAGCUCGUCGCGGCAAAAUCACGAGUUGCUCCACUCAAACGGCUUAGUCUGCCGCGGCUUGAGCUUUGUGCUGCACGUCUGGGGGCGAGACUCUACGCCAAGGUUUCAGCAGCGCUGCGGUUGGAGGGGAUUCCUUGCUGGUUCUGGUCGGACUCAACUGUCACUCUUCAUUGGAUUCAGGCACCACCUAACACUUGGCAAACGUUUAUCGGAAAUCGUACAGCUGAAAUUCAGCAACUUACCCACGGCUACAGCUGGAAUCACGUCAAAGGAACCGACAAUCCGGCAGACCAUAUUUCUAGAGGAAUGCUUCCUCAGCAAUUUGUCAUCAACAGCAUCUGGCGCUGUGGCCCACCCUGGCUUUCAAAAGGACAAGAAAACUGGCCUAAACACCCCACUGGAACUCCGCCAGAAGACAUACUAGAACGACGAAAAACUGUACUAGUGAUACGCCAGCCACUGGAACAUUGUUUCCUUUUCCACCGAUACUCAUCCUUCUGGCGCUUGGUUCGAAUUACCGCUUUGAUUCUUCGCUUUGCCAACCAUUGUCGUCGCAAAUUUAAUCACUAUCCUCACCUAUUCGCUGUAGUAGAAUUAGAACACGCAAAGGAUGCGCUAACGAAAGUUGCACAGCAGGAAAUGUUCACUGAGGAGCUGAAGGAACUGGCACAAUCCCGACCGGUUUCCAACAAAUCAUCGUUGAAAUUACUUGGUCCUUUUCUCGACGAAAAAGGCAUUAUUCGUAUCGGCGGCAGACUUGAGCGCUCCGCUGAAAACUACCAAACCAAGCACCCAGCGAUUUUACCUAAAAUACACCCACUCACACGCCUCAUCACGAAACACUAUCACGCACUAUGCUUACACUCUGGUCCUCGCAUGACGCUAGCUACGAUGAGGCAAGAAUUUUGGCCAAUCAACGGAAAAGUUACCGCUAAUCUUGUGUGUAGUAAGUGUCCGCAAUGCUUCCGCCAAAACCCUGUCCCUGUUAAGCAACCCAUUGGCCAAUUCCCGAAAUCCCGCAUCACGCCUAGCAGAGCUUUCACCGUCGUCGGAGUGGACUACUGCGGCCCUGUCUACAUCAAACCACCACACCGAAGAGCGGCACCACGAAAAGCAUACAUAGCCGUGUUUGUUUGCUUUGCCUCAAAGGCUGUACACCUCGAGCUCGUCAGCGAUUUGUCCACAGAUGCCUUCAUCGCUGCCCUACAUCGUUUUAUCGCCCACCAUGGUAUGCCGUCUGAAAUUCACUCGGACAACGGGACAAAUUUUCAAGGAGCGAACAACACUCUGCUAGAACUGUACCGCCUCUUCGACAACAAACGCAUCCGGGAAGCUAUAACUAACGAAUGCAGCCAGCACCGAAUCCAGUGGCACUUCAUUCCACCACGGGCACCUUCUUUCGGCGGCCUAUGGGAGGCUGCAGUGAAAACCGCGAAAACAUCACUGGUAAAAAUUCUUGGCAGCACCCAGCUCUCCUUUGAGGAUUACGCGACCGUGCUUUCCCAGAUCGAAGCCAACAUGAAUAGCCGUCCACUGACAUCGCUAUCGAACGAUCCUUUGGAGCUAGACGUUCUCACUCCCGGUCAUUUCAUCAUCGGAUCGCCACUUAUCAGCCUACCGGAGCCGAAUUACACAAACAUCCCCACCAAUCGGCUUGAUCACUACCAGCAGCUGCAAAAACUCAUCCAACAACAUUGGGACCGGUGGAGGAAAGAAUACCUCACAGAACUCAACCAUCAGCGAGAGAAGGCUACAUUUUCAACCCACAUCCAGGUCGGACAGAUUGUUUUGGUCAAGGAGGACGGAAAACCUUCCAUCUCUUGGCCUCUCGCACGGAUAGAAGAAAUUCAUCCCGGAGCCGACGGAGUGGUACGAGUUGCCACUUUGCGAACAGCUACUUCGACCUACAAACGCCCUAUUUCGCGGAUUUUUCCACUCCCCGACAACCAGCAACCAACAGCCGAACCAGAUGAUCCUCCAGAAACCGAAGAAGCUGAAAAAGGUACAACACAAAAAAGAGAAGAUUAA